GCCAUGCUGCGCGGCCCGGGCCUGCUGCUGCCGCUGCGGCUGCGGCGGGCGGCCCCGGCCGGCCCCGGGCACCGCCGGGACUGCCACCGGCAGCAGGAGCAGGAACAAAGCUCAGACUCGGGCUCCGGCCCAGACUCAGGCUCCGGCUCAGCGGGGCCGCAGCCCCUGGAGCCAUCAUUGCUGCGCUUCCUGGUGUGCCCGCUCUCCAAGCGGCCGCUGAGGUACGAAGAAUCUACGAACGAGCUCAUUAACGAGGAGCUGGGCAUCGCGUACCCCAUCAUCGACGGCAUCCCGAACAUGGUUCCGGAGGCUGCCAGGAGGACGCACACGAAGGCGCCGGCCGAGGGCUCGGAGCAGCCGUGAGGAGCCGCCGGGCCCGGCGGUACCGGGGCCCGAUGGCCGGAGCUGGGCUGCUGCCCUCGCUGCCCACGCUGACUGUGCUCGUUCCCCUGCUGUCCCUGGCAGGCCUGUUCUACUCGGCCAGCGUGGACGAAAACUUCCCCCAGGGCUGCACCAGCACAGCCAGCCUGUGUUUCUACAGCCUCCUCCUUCCCGUUACAGUACCGGUUUAUGUGUUCUUUCACCUGUGGACCUGGAUGGGGAUUAAGCUUUUUAGGCACAACUAGUGUGGUGCCUUUGCUAACCCCUGGGCUUCUCUAAAUCAACGUAGUUUUGUUUAAUCUCAUCGAGUAUUGCAGUUCAUUUGAGAGAGUUUCCUUCUGGCACUAGUGACUGGCAUCAUUUUCCUGGUAGGAUCUGGAACUGUAUGAAGCAGCAGCCCAUUGUUAACUACUGUUAAUGCAGAUGAAGAGUAGGAGUAACAAGAAGCACUAAUUUCCUCUGUUUUAUCCUUUCAAGAGUGCUGUGCAUUUGUAGUGGCACUAAUUAGAACCUUAGUUUUCAUGAGGAAGUACCCUGACUGAAUAAACUAAAUUAAAAUUAAAA